AUGGCUCGCCCCAUGGGGUCAGUCCGUCUUAAGAAGGCGAAUCCGUGCACUCUCAUUCUCGGCGCUGUUCUUUGCAUCUUCAUCCUGUUCUUCCUCGUCUCUCCGUCCAGUUCCGGCGCCUCGACUCGGCUGUCGUCCGUCACGGCUCAGCAUCACCUGUCGCCUCCAACGUCUCCGUACAAGAAGUCGAGCUCCAAGUCGGGCCUGCAGACGGGUCCGCCUCCCGUUGUCCGCUAUAACCUCAACAAUGUCACCGUCACAGCCAGGCCCAUCGAGAACCGGGAACACGUACUCAUCCUGACGCCCAUGGCGCGCUUCUACCCGGAAUACUGGGAGAACCUCUUGCGUCUCAGCUACCCCCACGAGCUCAUCACGCUCGGCUUCAUCCUCCCCAAGACCAAGGAGGGCAACGCGGCCACGGCUGCGCUGCAGCAGCAGAUUCAAAGGACGCAAAAGCGCGGCCCGGAAAACGAUCGAUUCAAGAGCAUCAUCAUUCUGCGCCAGGACUUUGAGCCGGCGAUUGCGUCGCAGGAAGAGAGCGAGCGUCACAAAAUGUCCAACCAAAAGGCCCGGCGGGCCGCCAUGGCCAAGGCUCGCAACUCGCUGCUCUUCACCACCCUCGGCCCCGCGACGUCGUGGGUGCUCUGGCUGGACUCGGACAUUGUCGAAACCCCGCCCACCUUGAUACAGGAUCUGGCGGCGCACGACAAGGACGUCAUCGUGCCAAACUGCUUCCAGCGAUUCUACAACGAGGAGAAGAAGAAGGAGGACGAGCGUGCGUACGACUUCAACAGCUGGCAGGACAGCGAUGUCGCCAUGCAGAUGGCGUCCAAAAUGGGGCCCGACGAAAUUCUGCUGGAAGGCUACCACGAGAUGCCCACCUACCGCACCCUGAUGGCCUACAUGGCGACCGACGGCGGCGACCAGAAUCUUACGGUACCCCUGGACGGUGUCGGCGGCACCGCGUUGCUGGUCAAGGCCGACGUUCACCGCGACGGCGCCAUGUUUCCGCCGUUUGCCUUUUACCACCUCAUCGAGACGGAAGGCUUUGCCAAAAUGGCCAAGAGAUUAGGAUGGCAGCCCUACGGCCUUCCCAACUACAGGGUCUAUCAUUUCAACGAAUAA